UUUCAUUCUAGAUAAAAAGACCUGUGGUUUUUAAGAUAAAUUAAUUUUAGUCACAUUUUCGACUUUAUUACGUGUAAAUUUUGUUGUUUUGUUCACGUGUUUCAGUGGUUUUAUUCUACGUGGCUUCAAAAUGCAAUACUUAACUUUUCGUAAUUAGAUACAUUAUAGUUUAUUGGCAAAAGGUAUGCAUAAGUGUGCACUAGAUAAAAGAAACUUGUCAUGGUUUUUUUCAAGAGAACGUUAUGUACAAACAAAAUUUGCAAGCUGUCAGGUAUCAACUGCACUUUGACCUGUUUUGAGGUAGAAUUACAUCAAUGACGAUAUAAUCAGUGGCUUUAAAGUCGUCGAUUAUUGUUUUAUCAGUUCAGUCACCGCCAAGAACUUAGAGAAGUAAUUAAAAAUGGGAAACAGAUCGAGUCUACUGUUACGUGAGGAGGAAAUCGCACAAAUUCAGGAAGCUACUGGCUUCACUCCAAAUCAAAUCGAACGUUUAUACAGUCGAUUCACAAGUUUGGAUCGAGGUGACUGCGGUACAUUAAGCCGUGAAGACUUUCUUAGAAUUCCUGAGCUUGCCAUCAAUCCCUUAGGGGAAAGGAUUGUCAAUGCUUUCUUUGAGGAGAGUGGCAAUGAUCGAGUCAAUUUCUUGCAAUUUAUGCAAGUACUUGCUCACUUUCGGCCUGUUAAGAAAAACAAUCCUAAUAGAUUGAAUUCUAGACAAGAAAAAUUGAAAUUUGCUUUCAAAAUGUAUGAUCUGGAUAACGAUGACUUGAUCUCUAAGGAUGAGCUAUUAGCUAUCUUACACAUGAUGGUUGGUGCCAAUAUUAGUGAAGAACAAUUAACAAGCAUUGCAGAAAGAACAAUAGUUGAAGCAGAUGAAAAUGGAGAUGGUAUGAUUUCCUUUGAGGAGUUUUGCAAAGCUUUGGAGCGAACAGAUGUAGAACAAAAAAUGUCCAUACGAUUUCUUAGCUAAGAGUGUCCCACAAUAGCUACAGCAAAGUUUUGUUGUGAACGUUGGGUCAAGAUGAUUUGAAAUUUAUAGAUAUAGAAUGCUGUAAGUUUAGUAUGAUGCAAAUUGAGCAAAAUAAUGUAAGGGCAAACCAUUGAGAAAAGCUCUAUAUACUCACUUUCUCUUAGAAAUUAUAUUAGGAUAAUAUUCAAUGGACAAUACCUUGAUAGAAAGUGAAAUUUUUAUGCAAAUGCGACUCGUCUCAUAAAUUUUUCUAGAUAUAGAGCUGUAAUUAUUGAGGUGAAAGAAAAUGGAAAAAUUGUAGCGCUCAACUUUUUGCUGUAAAAUAGCAACAAUUCAGUGAUGUGUUAGUAUAUGCAAGGCAGUUGGUGCUCGAAAUGAAUAUACGUACUUCACCGAUGACAAUUUUUCUUUCUCUCUAAUCCUUUUCAAAAAUCAGGUUACAAGUUAAUAGUAAGCGCAAUACGCCACUUGCUCUCUAGUAUCUUUGACUGUUUGUAGAUGCAAUAGAUUGAUAUACAAUUAUUGUAUAUUCUUGUAAAUCAUUGUUUGUGAAAAUAUUAAACAUAAAAAGAAAACAAA